AUGCCUACGGCUACAAUUGCUGCAGAUCCUUUGAAAAUCGUUAAUAUUCUAUUGCCGCCAACCUCCACAAAUGGCAAAGACAACAAUUCCAAUACAAGUUCGGAGGAAAGUGAAGGUCCACCCUCAAACUUAGCCUCUAAUCCUUCCGGUGGUUAUGUACCACCCCGCUCGAUCGUGAAUGAUGAUCACUUGUAUGCAGAGCCAACAUUUUCGGAAAAGUUCUUUCGCUAUUUGGUCAUUGUGAUUUAUUUGGGUGGCCUAAGUAGUUUGGGAUUUUUCCUCUCCAUGUAUUAUAUAUUCUUUUGGGAUUCACGUAUGCCACCCGUUUACAAGCCAACCAAAAAACCACCAGUUUUUAUUAAACCAUAA